AUGUCUGAAGAAGCGUCAACAUCUACCAUGCAGAGUUCAACUACAUCUUCUGGAGGACAAAUUCUGCAUCAAUCCACAACUACAAAUCUUACGCCCCUCCACUUGUCCACUGUCCAAAGCUGGCAGGACUCGACAGAAUCAGAUUGUGGUGAUUGUGAAUGUUGGAGUUUGAGAGGAAUGGUUGGAAAACUUACGAUUCUUUUGGCGGGGCAGUUCAUUGAAGUCAAUUGCACAGAAGAUGGAACUCUUUUCCAUUGGACGACUUUUCAAAGAAGAAUCGACGGCAGUGUUGAUUUUUACAGAAAUUGGACAGACUAUGAAAACGGAUUUGGGUCAACUGAUGGGGAAUUUUGGUUAGGUAACAAAUAUAUUCAUGAGCUGACAAAGUUAGGACAUACCUACUUGAGGAUAGAUCUACUAACAUUUGACGGAAAACUCCUUUCUAUAGAAUAUGCAACGUUCAGGGUGGGAGAUUCUUCAACUAAAUAUAUAUUAGAAGUAGGGAAUCCAGUUUAUUCUUCCACUCCAGAAUGGGACAUAGGUGACAGUAUGGCAGAUCAUAAUGGUAUGCGUUUUACAACAUAUGACUCGGACAACGACGACAACAAAUCUGGAAACAUUGGUAACUGUGCAAUCGAGCUCAAAGGUGGGUGGUGGUACAGGAAUUGUGGAGACUGCAACCUUAAUGGGGAGUAUAGCCACGAACGAUACCCACCUGAUGACAGAGUGUAUUGGAAAGACUAUGGGGGUUUUCAAGAAUCUCUGAAGGAGGUCACGAUGAAAAUUCGGAAACCAUGA